UGCAAGAAAAAGUUGUUGCGAAAAUAAUUGGUAGAAAGCUAUAAAAUAUUAAAAGCAAUUUAAAGUGCCAAAACGUAGAAAUUUAUUAACUAUAAUUAAAAUAAAUUAAUAUAUAGUAAGCAAUUAAAGUAUGACUUCUCGAGUACCACAACUGCGAUUAAGUGCCAGCGCGUUAAAAUGUAAACAGGGCUGUGGCUUUUAUGGAAAUUCUCAAUUCGAGGGACUUUGCUCAAAAUGCUUUCGUGAACGUAACGACAAGAAGAAAAAACAAAAUUUACUGUCGAGUUCAACAGCAUUUAGAAUCGAUCCAAAUUUACCAAAAACAAGUGAUGGAAGUGUGAAUAGCAGCCUUGUAGCUGGACGUUUAUCUCCCAAAAAUUUGCUAAAUCGCUCGCCAUCGAAAAAACAAGAUGAAGCCACCAGUAGUAGUGGAACAUCCAAUAAAAAGAAAUCAUUAGUACCCUAUAGUGCUAUUAUACAAAAAACACUACAAUCAACAACGCAAAAAACUAGAAAACACAAAAAUGAAGAACAACAGACUGUUAUUCAAGACAAACCGCAUAUACCGGACGCAACGGAGAAGCAAUUUAUUUUACAAUUCAAACAGUUACGUGUUCCCGAUGAUGGAAAACGUGUGCUCAAAGAUGAAGUACAACGAUUAGAUGGAACUAUACGUAGUUAUAUGAAUAGCAAUGCCAAUAAAAAUGUUGAGGAACUUUCCGAAUUGGUGCAAAAUGCAUAUACAAAAUUUGCUGAUACUGUGCAUAAUAAUCAGAUAUUUCAAAUAGCUACCAAUGAGGAUCGUGAAAGUGCCAUCGAUUUUUUUGAAAAGGCUGUAAUGACACAAAAUCACAAAUUUUUGUUUAGUCCUUACUUUACGACAGAUGAAGAAAAAGAUGCUGAAAUACAAAGGCGUAUACGACAAUUAAGUUGGAUCACUGCAAAACAUUUAGCUUGUAGUAUCGAUGAGGUAAACGCGGAAUCUCGUGAUUUGGUCUAUAAUGCAAUAACAGAGUUGGUCGGUAUAGAUUCGUACUAUUCACCGCAGGAAAAACUUGAAUGCACCGUACGUUGCUGCAGAAAUAUAUUCGAACUUUUAAAGCACUCAGUUGGUGGACCUGCUAGUGCAGAUGAGUUUCUGCCAGCACUCAUUUUUGUUGUUUUAAAAGCCAAUCCAGUAAGACUUCAUAGCAAUAUUAACUUCGUAACACGAUUUACAAACGCAUCUCGUCUGAUGAGUGGUGAAGGUGGUUAUUAUUUUACAAAUUUAUGUUGUGCCAUUUCUUUUAUUGAAAAUCUAACUGGUGAAAGUCUUAGUAUACCUGAAGAAGAAUUUAAUUUACUUAUGUCUGGGGAUAAGCCAUUUAGUACACCCUGGGAAAGUGCUUUAUUGGCUUGUGAAAGCUUACAUCUUAUAUCAGAAAAUAUGAAACGUAUGGAGUCAUUAAAGAAAUGCAACAGUAUUAUAUCAUCAGGAAUUGAAAAUCUAAAGAAUGAAAUGGAUAGUUUUCAAGUUGAUAUAACAGAAAAAGUUGACGCAUUACUAGCAAGAGCGCCACUAACGAUAUUACCAAUUAAAACUCCUAGCUUUCUUAUAAACAAG